AUGGUGGCACGCUUGGCUACGCGGAGCGGGCCGCUGUGGUGCCACGAGGAGAUUGCGCCGCGCUGCCACGCCAUCCGCAGCACCGAGGAGCUCAGCGGCUUCGUGGGUCACGUGCUCGCCGCAUUCUGCGCCGCACAGCCCGGCUGCCGGCUGGAGCAGCAGCUGAGCGAGGUGGCGCUCCACACGGCGCUGUCGUGCUCGUCGCGCCACUACGCGGGACGCUCGUUCCAGGUGUUCCGUGCGCUGCGCCAGCCGCUCAGCGCUGGUGCACUCUCCGACAUCCUGACGCGGCUCGUGGAGACGGUGGGAGACCCCGGCGAGGAGACACAGGGCUACGUGAUGGAGAUGAUGCUGACGUUGGAGUCGGCCAUCUACACCAUCGUGGAGGCUUCUAAGCAAGGGGAGGUGCUCACCUCCUUGUCCAGGUCCUCAUCUCCCGACCCGUCGCUCGUUCCUCCGCCCAACCCCAACCUCGCCAUCAGCCGCAAGAGCACCGGGCAGCUCAACCUCGUCGCCGGCGGCGUCGGCGUCAACCACACCUCCCACCUAUCCUUCCAGGCCUCCGGCCACCACCACCGUAGCAACUCCAUGCCCAAGCGCUUCGGCCCGGCGGACCGGCUCCCCGAGCCGAGACGGAGCGCCACGCUCGACCGCCUGGAAGCCAGGGGGGGCGCCGGCUGCUAUUCUCGAAGUCACCUGGGCACGAUCGUGGCCGCUGGCCUCCACCUGGGCAAAGCCCACAGCCUGAGUUCGUUACGCGAGGGGCACGCGGACCUGGGACCGCAGCUGCAGCAGCACUAUCAGCAGCAGCAGCACUAUCAGCAGCAGCAGCAGCACUAUCAGCAGCAGCAGCAGCACUAUCAGCAGCAGCAGCAGCAUCAGCAGCAGCAGCAGCAUCAGCAGCAGCAUCAUGCCUACCAGCCGAGCGUGCAGAUUCAGUUCAACCAGCAGCACUAUCAGCAACAGCAGCCGACGGUGGUGACUGCGGCAGACUCGUCAGCGCUGCUAGUCACGCUGUUCUGGAUCGGCGUUGCGCUCCUUGACUCCGACUACGACACGGAGUUCACGAUGGCGCUCAGGCUGCUGGACAGGCUGCUGGGCCCACAGGGCCUGGAGCUGGGCGUGGAGGAGACACGCGACCGCCUGCACAAGGCCAUGUCCCAGCUCAGCUGGUCCAGCUUCCCAGGCAUACAGCCCCUGCUGCUCAAAGGUUUCACCUCCGCCAGCACGCUGGAUCUGACCGUGCAGCUGCUGGGAAAGCUGACCGCCGUUUCGCGCACGGCCAUCGUUGACCCGAGCCAAACCACCGGAUUCCCUCUCAACGUGCUGUUUCUGCUCCCAUACCUCGUCCAGAACUUUGACAGCCCCACGGAGUUUUGCCGGGAAUGCGCUGACAACAUUUCCCAGGUGUGUCUGGAGGAGAAGACGAUCAAGCUGGCGAACCUGGCGCACGUCAUGAGCCUCUACCGCAACGGCAGCUACACGCGCGACUACGUCAACUGGGUGAACGUCGUGUGCCGCUACCUCCACGACUCUUUCUCCGACUGCACCUUCGACCUCGUCUCUUACCUGGCGGAGCUUUUGGACAAGGGCCUGCCGAGCCUGCAGUCAACUCUGCUGCAGAUCAUCUACAGCCUGCUGAGCCACGUGGACCUCUCGGCUGUGCCCGGCAAGAAGUUCAACGUGGACGUCAUCAAGAUCAUCGGCAAAUACGUGCAGAGCCCCCAUUGGCGUGAGGCACUCAACAUCCUGAAGCUGGUGGUGUCGCGCUCCGCCAGCCUGGCCACUCCGCUGGAGGCGAUGGCGGCGAUGGCGGCGAUGGCGGCGCCGAUGUCGGCACGGGGGGGGCCGCCCCUCCCCGCCGAGCUGGCGGGGGGAGCGAUGCCGUUACCGGCGCUCCCGCCGGAGACGGGCGCUCACAACAAGCUGUGGGGCUCCACUUCUAAGGAGCUGCCGGGCAAAACGCUGGAGUUCAACUUUGACAUCUCGGAGACGCCGGUGAUUGGCCGCAAGUCGACGGACCAGCAGGCGCGCCCCGGCGCGGAGAACAAGGGCAAGUGCGGCAUCGCCGUGACAAGGAGCACCUCCUCCACCUCGUCGGGGUCCAACUCCACCGCCCUCGUCCACGUCAGCUGGAAACGACCCCAGCUCUCUCAGAGGCGGACAAGAGAGAAGCUGAGCAACGUGUUGUCGCUGUGUGGGCAGGAGGUGGGAUUGACCAAGAACCCUUCGGUGAUCUUCUCGUCGAGCGGCGACCUGGAGAUGGCGGAGCACCAGGCCAGCCUCGUGGCGCCCGCCGAGGAGCCCAUGUGCGACCCCGACCUCGACGAGACCUUCAGCGAGCAACAUUUCGGCGUCUUCAAGGACUUCGACUUUCUCGACGUUGAGCUGGAGGAAGCGGAGGGCGAGAGCGUGGACAACUUCAACUGGGGCGUGCGGCGCCGCUCGCUGGACAGCAUCGACAAAGUGGAGUUGCCCUCGCUGCACGAGUGUCAGCUCAUGGGCACGGGCGGCGGUGGCAGCGUGAAACAGCUCAACGCGGAGGAGACUGAUGAGUCCAGCGAUGAAGAGCUCACCACCUACUCGCCAACGGAGGAGUCGCUGGCCAAUCACGUGGACUCGAUGGCCGCCCCGGCCUCGGAGGGCAGCUCGGGGGUCCACAACGGCACGGGGACCCCCGCCACCGGCACCACCGGCACGCCCAGCGCGGAGGUGUCCACCGCAGACGACGCAGAGCAGCUCGCUUCAGAGGAGGACGCCGGAGCCGCCGAGACUUUGUCGUCCGCCGAGCCCGGCGAGCGCGGAGUGGAGUCGCUGGCGAGCGAGGACGACGGGGACACGGCGCCGCCUUCAGCCACCGUCAUCGUCGGCAUCGGCGGCGUCGUCGUCAUCGCUGCCGACGACGACGCUGGAGGAGGUGGAGGGGCGGAGAGCGCCGACAGCGCCAUCGCGGUGCUCACCGACACUGAAGAGAAAGACGACGCGCACGACGCGGCCAUGUCCAGGUUUGUUGUUUGGGGGGACGUGAGGGAUUCUGGGUUCUCAGCGGACAGCGUCAGUGACGGCGGCAUCAUCGGCGUCACCGGCGUCGGCGUCACCGUCACCGCCGACGACGCGGAUCAGCAGCAGCAGCGGCGGGAUGAGGAGGAGGAGGAGGAAAGCCUGCGGGAGGCCCGACCCGCGACGCCACCGCCGUCGCCAUUUUUCUCGGCGAUCCUGGCCGCGUUCCAGCCACCGCCCAGCGGCGGUAGCGCCGAAGAGGCUUGGCGCCUUCACGCAGCCGGCGUGCUGUCCGACCAGGACGGCACAUGCGCCGUCCACACCUUCCAGCUGUUCUGCGGACUCUUCCGGAACGUCCGACGGGGAUUUUGCUCGUUGACGCACGACGCCAGCAGCUACCUGGGCGACAGCCUGCACGGCAUGGGCCCCAGAUUCACGAGCUCCGCAUGUGUGCUGCUCUCCUCCUCCGAGUGCCCCACCGUGUUCAUCGACGCCGACACGCUGGUUUCCUGCGGCCUCCUGGAGAAGAUGAAAUUCGGGGUCCUGGAGCUGCAGGAACACCUGGACACGUACGGGAGCAGGCGCGACGCCACACAGCAGUGGCUCAACGACUGCAAGAGAACCUUCGUGGCUUGCGGCCAAUCGGAGGAGAUGACGGGCGGCGUGAUAACCAGCCAGCCAAUCGGCUGCAAGGAGAAGAACUUGGAAUCGCUAGCACAAAUGGAGUUGUGCCGAAGGCUGUACAAACUCCACUUCCAGUUUCUGCUGCUUUUUCAGUGUUACGCCAAACUGACGGGCAGCCUUGAGGUGCUACGCUCCAACCCCACGCUCACGGACGUGUCCACGGAGCUGGCGGAGCUCCACUGCGGCCUGCGCGUCGCCGCGGUGGCUGCGGACGCGGCUGACGGCGCCACGCUUGCGCGCCUGGCGGCACAGCCGGUGCUGUGCCCCGAGGACGCGGUGGUGGCGCUGCUCGACUCUCUGCGCAACCGCGAGCUCUACGCGGCCCUCCUGCAGCUCAAGAUCUCCAGGGCCACGUGGCCUGCCGACGUGUUCGGCGCUCCGGACGACGACGAGGUGGUGACGCUGCUCGGCAUGCGCUUCCGCCACGCCACGCUGGGCCAGGCCGGAGCCUUUGCGCUGGCGCCGGUGUCGGCGUCGCCGGCGUCGUCGUCUUCGGCGGUAUCGGCAGCGUCGCCCGGUGACCCGGCUCACCUCGCCUGCGCCAACCUCAUGCAGCUCAACAUGCACGUGCAAGAGGCACUGCGUCACGUGCAGGCCUCUAGCUUCUACCCGCAGCAGCAGCAGCAGCGCCAGCAGCAGCAGCAGCAACAGCAACAGCAGCAAUCCCAUGAGCAGCAGCAGCAGCAUGAACUGUAUGAGUUACAGCAACAGCAAUACCAGGAGCAGCAGCAGCAGCAGCAGCUGGAGUUGCAUUAUCAGCAGCAGCAGCAGCUGCAGCAGCAUCAUCAGGAGCAGCAGCAGCAGCAACAGGAAGAACAGGAGGAGGUCGUUUAUCAACAGCAUGAUCAGCAGCAGAACGAUCAGCAACAGCAUGAUCAACAGCAGCUGCAGCAGCAGCUGCAGCAGCAGCAUCAGCUUCAUGAUGAUGUUGUUCAACAACACCAGCAGCAUCAGCAGGAAGAUGAUGAUCGUGCGACGGAGAUGGUGGGAGAAGAUUUGUAGUAACGCUGUACCAAGCGAGCGCUGGCUUACAGCUGCAGCAGCAGCAGCAGCUACGGCUGCAGUAGCAGCAGCAGCAGCAGCAGUAGAUGUAGUAUCUGCAGCAACAGCGGGAGAUUUCAUUAUCAGCAGCAACUGGAAGAACUUAUAUUGACAGAGAUGUUUGGAGAAGCUUCAGUAAUGCUGUUAAAAAUCUAGCUUCAUACCUGCAGCAUCAUCAGCAGCAUCAUCAUCAUCAGCAACAACAGCAGCAGCAGCUUCAUCUCCAGCAUCAUCAGCAUUAUAAGAAGCAUCAUUGUCAGCAGAAAGCUUAAUCAUAACGAGCUGCAGCUGUAGCAGAUUCAACAUCAUCAGCAGCAGCAGCAGCAUCAGCGGAAAGCUUCAUCAUCACCAUCAUCAGCGACAGAAGCUUCAAUAGCAGGAGCAUUUAAACAAGCUUCGUCGAUCGAUUGUUUUAUUGAGAGGUAUACGCACUGAACCGCAAAGCCGAGCAAAAAUAAUUUAACGAAAUAAUUUAUCUCAUUUUUUUCACAUCGGUAACUUUCGUUCACACUCUAUCCCCGGCUCCGCUGUCAAAGUCGCGUCGUCGCGACAAAUAUCCUCCGUGCAGACCCUCUCUCGCCGAUUAGUGCGUUGGAAAACGGCCCGCACAAGCGGAUAUUACAGAGCUAACGUCUGAGAUCUCCUUCAAGUGACGCUCCGGUCCAUGCACAGAACGACCCGCAGAAGCGGAUAUCACAGAGCUAACGUCUAAGAUCUCCUUCAAGUGACGCUCCGGUCCACGCACAGAACGACCCGCAGAAGCGGAUAUCACAGAGCUAACGUCUGAGAUCUCCUUCAAGUGACGCUCCGGUCCACGCACAGAACGACCCGCAGAAGCGGAUAUCACAGAGCUAACGUCUAAGAUCUCCUUCAAGUGACGCUCCGGUCCACGCACAGAACGACCCGCAGAAGCGGAUAUCACAGAGCUAACCUCUGAGAUCUCCUUCAAGUGACGCUCCGGUCCACGCACAGAACGACCCGCAGAAGCGGAUAUCACAGAGCUAACCUCUGAGAUCUCCUUCAAGUGACGCUCCGGUCCACGCACAGAACGACCCGCAGAAGCGGAUAUCACAGAGCUAACGUCUGAGAUCUCCUUCAAGUGACGCUCCGGUCCACGCACAGAACGACCCGCAGAAGCGGAUAUCACAGAGCUAACCUCUGAGAUCUCCUUCAAGUGACGCUCCGGUCCACGCACAAAACGGCCCGCAGAAGCGGAUAUCACAGAGCUAACCUCUGAGAUCUCCUUCAAGUGACGCUCCGGUCCACGCACAGAACGACCCGCAGAAGCGGAUAUCACAGAGCUAACGUCUGAGAUCUCUUUCAAGUGACGCUCCGGUCCACGCACAGAACGACCCGCAGAAGCGGAUAUCACAGAGAGCUAACGUCUGAACAUUUUAGCGGCACGUCUUUUAAUCGCUCGGUCAACGUCGACCGAGAUGACACCGUUUAGCUCGCGACGCUUGAGGAACCGAGUUUUUAAUCGCAACUCGGCGACCGUGACCCGGAUUCGAACCCAGGUCCUCAGCGGUUACCGGCUCUGAGUCGCUUGACCUCCGAGCCACCCGGCCGCGUCAGAAUAAUAUGAAUGAACUGAACUGCAGUUAACUAAACAAAACAAAAAUACAUUUUACCAGGUAAGGCCCAACUGACCUACUACGUAGCCAUUUAUCAAAAGCGACCUGGCUCUCACAAAUGAUAACGGAGUUGCUUAUUAUCAUCAUUAUCAUCAUCAUCAUUAUCAUCAUUACCGCAUGGACAUUUAUAGCAGCAGUCGAAUAUUCUGAACGCGAGUUUAUAAAUGUGGAGGGGGUAUAAGACCGGAGGACCCGAAGAAAAAUCCACGCCAACACAGAGAGAGUGAGACACGCAAACUCCAAAUGUACAGCAGCAGGCGUCAGGGUCGAGAUCAAACCCACGACCUCCUGUAUAUCAGACGAGGUAGUUAACAUCUCCUAGCCACCGUGAUGAUGAUGAGAGAGAGAGACACGCAAACUCCAAAUAUGCAGCAGCAGGCGUCAGGGUCGGAAUCAAACCCACGGACCCCUUGCGUACCAGGCGAGGUAGUUAAUAUUUCCUAGCCACCAUCACGCCCCCCGCCCACCCCCCAUCUUAUUAAAAUUUAAAUCUAAAACCUCGUUAUUGUGCAACUAACUACACACGCAGGGCGCGUGGGGGGGGGGGGACCCUUUUUGCCGGCAGACGCCAAAUUGGACGCAGCAGCAGCGGCGGCGGCGGUCAAAGCGGCAAGAGCAGCAGCCAGAACCGGCGCUGCCAUCAAUUGCCCGUGCUCCAGAGGUCGCAAACGGGUUUUGAUUCCUUACCCGUACCCGGCCGCACCAGGGUCGCAAACGGGUACCCGUACCCGUACCCGGCCGUACCCGUACCCUACCCAUACCCGGCCGGGUACGGGUAGGGUACGGGUACGGGUACCCGAUUGCGACCUCUGGGAUGAAGCCAUGUUGCAGGCGCGGGUGGGUUGAUUCUAGGAACUUGAAUUGUGAGAAGAGACAAGACGUUGGGAAAUGAGUGACAAACGGUGACUCACCAGUGACUCACGGCCUACCCGUACCCGGCCGCACCAGGGUCACAAAUGGGUACCCGUACCCGGCCGGGUAGCCGGGUAUCGGGUAGGGUACGGGUAUCGGGUACCCGGUUGCGACCUCUGCCGUUCCUCCUGUCGUCCCUGUACCGCGAGUGUUUCACUUCUUGACGUGAGAAGGACACUGGAGUGCCCCCCCCCCUGCGCGCACGAGGAGAGGGAUCGUAACACUGAUGAAUCCCCCUUCACAGAUGGACGUCGGGCCCCCCCUUGCCUCUCCCGCCAUCGUCUCACUGCCAAGCCGGGGAGAUGUGGCAACCUCGGCUCCCGCGUGUUAGGGGAGCGGAGAGAGGGUUUGAUUUGUACGUGAUCCACCACCACCACCCCCCUCCUCACUGCCUCCACGGUGCAGAGUUGGGAGGCAAAGUGCGGCACAGCCACCGUCGCUGAUGAUGAUGCCGAUGAUGAUGAUGAUGCCGAUGACGCUGAUGACGAUGCUGCAGAUGAUGAUGAUGCUGAUGAUGAUGCCGAUGACGAUGCUGCCGAUGAUGAUGAUGCUGAUGACGCUGAUGAAGAUGCUGCCACCGAUGAUGGUGAUGAUGAUACCGAUGGCGAUGCUGCUGAUGAUGCUGAUGCUGAUGACGAUGCUGCCGAUGAUGAUGAUUCCGAUAGCGAUGCUGCCGAUGAUGCUGCCGAUGCUGAUGACGAUGCUGCCGAUGAUGAUGCUGCCAAUGAUAAUGACGAUGAUAUCGAUGAUGAUGCUGCCAAUGACGACGCUGCCGCAGAACGCUUAUCGCCCAUCGUCAGCCGUCGCCAGGAGAUUGAAACGCAAGGAGCGGAGGAUUAACGGAGGCGCGACGAAAAACGUGGAACUCGCUGUGUUAGGAGCCACGGUGCAACACGGCCACCGUCGCUGAUGCCGCCGAUGCCGAUGAUGCCGAUGAUGCCGCCGAUGAUGACGCUGCCGCAGAACGCUUAUCGCCCAUCGUCAGCUGUCGCGACGGGAUUGAAACGCAAGGAGCGGAGGAUUAGCGGACGCGCGACGAAAACUUGGGAGCUCGCCGAAGAGAGAUGAUCGCAAGGAGGAGCGAGAUUGCGAGCUGAGAGCGGAGCGAGCGAGAGAGAGACACUCGGACCAAAACCCUUUGGGAAAACUCCCUGCAUUGACGAGCUGACGCAAGUUGACGGGCUUCCCGCUCCGAUCGAUCGGUCGAUGGGAAAGUUGGGAACGUUCGUAAUGACGAUUUAUAUUUUUUGGGGGGCGGUGGGAGAGUGGGGGGGGGGGGGCGAUUCUCGGUGUUUUGAAAACGCUCGCCGCGUCACCGCGCUCGGACGAGCCUCUGGCCACCGCCGGCGGUACAAAACGAAGAGCACUUGCAUCAGGCCAAGGGCCUCCUCCUCCUGUUCUCGCCCCGUGAGGUGUGACGCUCUCGCGCGUAAUUCUCUCGCUGAGAGCGCCGAGAGGAGGAGAGUGGGGGCUUCGCGCCCCAAUAGUUUCUUCCGGCGGCGUUCUGACGUCUUUUUUUUUGUGGUCUCUGAAACAGAGAAGUUAAUGACGAUGUCGUGUUAUUGUAACGUAAUUGUUUUUUUUUUGCCGUUACCUUGCUCACGAGAUUUACGCAAACGCGUCAUUUUAGUUGCGG